UGUAGCGGUCGACGCGGGUAGUUGGGGAAGGUCGGGGGCGGAAAGGAGGGUCCCGCGGGGUUGUAGUUGAGUCCGGGGUUGAGCUGUCCCUGGGGGAUAGGUUGUCGUGGGACCACUUGCACGGGGAUGCCAUACGGGGGAUGUACAGGCAUGGGCAUCCCGUUCGCUUGGCGGGGUGCGUUGCGAAUGGCUUGGGCACGGGCACGGGCACGAACCAGUAGGAGGAACUGCUGUCGGGUAAGGGGGAUCGAGGUCGGCUGCAGCUGCUGGUUGGGCGGAGGCACCGGGGGAUAUUGGUUCAUCCCCUGUGUAUUCUCAGGGCCCGGGCGGCUGGCUAAUCUACGCCCAGACUGGUUACCUGCCGCGGGAACUCCAGGAUUGGCAGGUCCCACCGCGUUUCUUCUUCCAGCGGGAGCAAGGAGUCGUUGUCUAGGCGCCCCCGAGGCUCGAGCUUGGACCCUAGGAGCACCAGCGCCAGCUUUGGCCUUUCCCUUUUUCUUCGCCGGCUGCUCUUUCUUGGUUCCGGUCUUGUCGAGAGCUCGCUUGUUGCCGCGACCGCCGGGUUUCUUGCCGUUGUCAUCACCACCGGGACCACCGGGACCACGGCGUGCUGUGGUAUUAGGCAUGUUGUAGUCUGUUUAUAUAGUAGUUAGCAAACAAAAUCGUGGUGGAUAUAAAGAAGUAUCGUGAUAGAACGGCGUGAGGAUUUGUUUUACUUACGAUGGCUGAGGGACAGACGCGUCGACAAGAUUGGUGUUUUAUUGGUCUAUCGUGCGUUGGAAGUAUGAGUGUGAUAUUGUGAAAUAAUCGCGUAGUUCAACUUGAAGUUGGGAGCUUGGUACGAAAAUCACAAAAACGGCGAACUCGGCGAGUUGGGCGUGAAAAAAAAAAACUGUAAUAAGUUAGUAUGGCGUGAGGACAUUAGUGAUGUAGAUGGGUUCGCGGUAUGUGGGACGUCGUUGAUAGCUUGUGCGUGUGGUGGGCUCUCGUAUGGUAGGUGACGGGAAAGGAACGAGGAUUAACAUACCUGAAUAAUUUUUUCUCGACCACAAAGAGGAAGGAGGCGACGAGUAGGGUCAAGAGGGACUGUUUCUUAUACCUCUACGAAUUUCAGAUGUCGAAAUUGUCAGUCA